CCAUGUGGCCCCCUUGGAACCAAGGCGGGCAGCAGGGCUGUGGGGAACGGGGGGUACCCAUGGGGAGCAGCCAGUGCCUCACCCAGCUCUCCACAGCAGAGCAUCCAUCACCCCUGAGGCCAUGGCAGCCCAGCCCAGCGGGGGCCAAAAGCCCUUCCACAUCGUCUCGCCCCUCCUGGAGAGCCUGCCCCUGUCCAGGGCCGCGGGUACCAAGGUGUACAUGAAGCUGGAGAACGUUCAGCCCACCGGUUCCUUCAAGAUCCGGGGCAUCGGCCACCUCUGCCAGGAGGCUGCCAAGAAGGGCUGCAGCCACUUCGUUUGUGCCUCAGGGGGCAGCGCGGGGCUGGCCGCGGCUUACGCGGCGCAGAAGCUGGGGGUGCCGGUGACCGUGGUGGUCCCCAGCAGCACCGGCCCCGGCACCGUGCGCAGGCUGCAGGAGAUGGGGGCAGAGGUGGAGGUCUCGGGACAGGUAUGGGAUGAUGCCAACGGGAGAGCCCUGGAGCUGGUGGAGACCAAGGGCUGGGUCAGCAUCCACCCCUUCGACCACCCCUUGGUGUGGCAGGGCCACGCCAGCCUGGUCCAGGAGCUGAAGGACUCCCUGGACACCAAGCCAGACGCCGUCGUGCUGGCGGUGGGUGGCGGGGGGCUGCUGGCGGGUGUCGUGGCUGGCUUGUGGCGGGUGGGCUGGCAGGACACCCCCAUCAUCGCCGUGGAGACGUGGGGGGCUCACAGCCUGCACGCGGCGCUGGAGGCCGGGCGGCUCAUCACCCUGCCCGACAUCACCAGCGUGGCCAAGUGCUUGGGAGCCAAGACCGUGGCAGCGCGGGCGCUGGAGUGCGCCCGGGAAUGCGAGGUCAUCUCCCAGGUGGUGGAGGACGCGGAUGCUGUGCGGGCUGUGGAGCAGUUCCUGGAGGACGAGAGGAUGCUGGUGCAGCCGGCGUGCGGCGCUGCCCUGGCCCUGCUCUACACGGGAGGACUGCAGCGGCUGCAGCGAGAGGGGCGGCUGCGGGCCCCGCUGGCCUCCGUGGUGCUGGUGGUGUGCGGCGGCAGCAGCAUCCGGCCCGCGCAGCUCCGCGCCCUCAAGGACCAGCUGGGGCUGGAGUGAUGUCCAUUGAGGAGGGGGGCACAGC